AUGGACGGCUACACGCGUAGUGUGUUCGAAUUGCAUCAGCAGCAGGUUGCCGACCAUGGUGAAGGAGAAGGAAGUGGCUCUGGACAAGGUGGUGCAGCUGAUGAUCAGCCUAACAGACAGGCAUUAUAUAUGAUGACAGGAUGGAAUACCAUGGCUGAGGAUGGAGCUUCUUUGGAUGAUCUUGCACGUUAUGAUCAUGAUCGAAUUCCUGCAACUGUCGGUCAACGUAAGAGGCGCUAG